GACCCCGCUUGUCUUUAUUCUUCCCUCUCUCCUCUCCCCCUCCCCCCUCACACAACUGCAACAGCUGCAAAAACUGCUGUCGGUGAUCUCGCAGGUCCUUUCGCUGGGCUGGCCUGGGGGGCUGCAGCAUGGCUUUAUCGUGGAGGAGCUGGUUAGCAAACGAAGGGGUUAAACACCUCUGCCUGCUCAUCUGGCUCUCUCUCAAUGUCCUUCUUUUUUGGAAAACAUUCCUGCUGUAUUAUCAAGGACCAGAAUAUUAUUAUCUCUACCAGAUGUUAGGGCUAGGAUUGUGUCUAAGCAGAGCUUCAGCAUCAGUUCUGAACUUCAACUGCAGUCUUAUUCUUUUACCGAUGUGCCGGACAUUGUUGGCCUUCCUGCGAGGCUCCCAGAAGGUUGCAAGCAGAAGAACAAGAAGGCUUUUGGAUAAAAGUAGAACUUUCCACAUAACCUGUGGUAUUACCAUCUGCAUCUUUUCAGGAGUCCAUGUCGCUGCCCAUCUGGUGAAUGCUCUGCACUUCUCUGUGAAUUACAAUGAGGAUUUCCUCGAAAUCAAUGCAGCAAGAUACCGGGAUGAGGAUCCCAGGAAACUUCUCUUCACCACUGUUCCUGGAUUGACAGGAGUCUGCAUGGUGUUGGUUUUAUUCCUCAUGAUUACAGCUUCUACAUAUGCCAUUCGGGUUUCUAAUUAUGACAUCUUCUGGUAUACGCAUAAUCUUUUCUUCAUCUUCUACAUACUGCUGAUGCUGCAUGUCUCAGGAGGGCUCCUGAAAUAUCAAACUAAUCUUGAUGCACACCCUCCUGGCUGCCUGAAUCCUAAUAGAACUCACCACCUGAAUAUUCCCCUGCCAGAGUAUUUCUCGGACCACGUUCCUGAACCCUUUCCUGGAGGAUUUGUAAAAUCUGAGCUGUUUAUACAGAACGAAUUUGUGAAAAUCUGUGCAGAGGAGCCCAAGUUCCAAGCAAAUUUUCCUCAGACUUGGCUUUGGAUUUCAUUUCCUUUGUGCCUUUAUUGUGCUGAAAGGCUUUACAGGUGUAUUAGAAGUAAUAAGCCUGUGACAAUCAUUUCAGUGAUCAGCCAUCCAUCAGAUGUCAUGGAAGUUCGAAUGAUCAAGGAAAACUUUAAAGCCAGACCUGGCCAAUAUGUUAUUCUUCACUGUCCAAGAGUGUCUGCACUAGAAAACCAUCCAUUUACCCUUACGAUGUGCCCAACUGAAACCAAAGCAAUAUUUGGAGUUCACCUGAAAAUAGUUGGAGACUGGACAGAAAGGUUUCGAGAUUUGUUGCUCCCUCCAUCUGGACAAGAUUCAGAAAUUCUGCCCUUCAUCCAGCCAAGGAACUAUCCUAAGCUGUACAUUGAUGGACCCUUUGGGAGUCCCUUUGAAGAAUCAUUGAAUUAUGAGGUCAGCUUGUGCGUGGCUGGAGGCAUUGGAGUGACUCCUUUUGCAUCAAUACUCAACACAUUGCUGGAUGACUGGAGACCAUACAAGCUCAGAAGACUGUAUUUCAUCUGGGUGUGCAGGAACAUCCAGUCCUUUUACUGGUUUGCAGAUUUACUCUGUGUGCUGCAUAACAAGCUUUGGCAGGAAAACCGACCUGACUACGUGAACAUUCAGCUGUACCUCAGUCAAACAGAUGGAAUACAGAAAAUAAUUGGUGAACAAUAUCAAGCCCUGAAUUCUAGACUUUUUAUUGGAAGGCCUCGAUGGAAACUUCUCUUUGAUGAAAUAGCCAAAUGUAACAGAGGGAAAACGGUUGGUGUUUUUUGCUGUGGACCCAGUUCCAUUUCCAAGACUCUUCAUCAACUGAGUAACCAGAACAAUGCUUAUGGGACAAGAUUUGAAUACAAUAAGGAAUCUUUCAGCUGAAAGCUUUUGGGGACCAGCAAGGACAAAGAUGAACUCUUCAAAAGGAUCUAGUGCAAUUUUUGAGACUUCUAAAAGUCAGCCACAGCCAACAGAUAACAAGUGCCCAAGAAUAGCAGUUUUCUUAUUUAUGAUUAUUUAAAAUGGAAAUGUAGGGGAGAUGGCAGUAUGAUAAUCCAUCCACAUUAAGGGUUUAAUCUGGGAACCAAAGAGGAUCAGCAAAAUGUGGGCUACCAUGAUUUGGUGUUGAAUGCUUGCAUUAAAAAGAAAGCCAUUAGAUGCACACUGUUGAUUUUAUGGCUGAUUGAAGAGCCCCCAUUGAGUGGCUGAACUUCUCCAUAUGAAGCUGAUUGCCUCUGUCAUCCUUCAGUUCUUUUUGGUUGAACAGGUUCCAGAAUGAUCAAAAUUAAAAUUCAUAUAUGAAGUCAGACUACUUUCUCUGCUUUGCAUACAAACAAAAUAGUUUUAACUAAAAAAAAAAACUCCCGGCAAAUGUAUUACAUAUGUUAGACAUAAUAACUUGGGACUAUUGAUACGGGUACUCUAUCAAUAUAUAAUUGCCUCACUACUGAUGCUGAUACCUCCAUUUAAUACCUAUAGCUCUUUGACUGUGGGAUGGAAGUUUGUGUGAGUAUGGAUACAGGAUAUAAAUUUUUAAUGUCUUUAUUUUA